AUGGGAUUUAAGCAGCAAACUCUGUUAAGCAUUUUUCUAUUAUUCACUGUGUCAGCAAAUUCAGAUUUAAUUGAAGAAAAAAAUGUUGAAGAUGGGGACUUAAUAGCAAAUAAAUGCAAUUUAUUUCAGGGUCAAUGGGUUUAUAAUUCAUCGUCAAACCCUUUAUAUGAUUCUUCAAGCUGCCCAUAUAUUGAUACUUAUGAUUGCCAGAAAUUUGGCCGUACAGACAAACAGUACCUCAAGUACACGUGGAAACCUAUGUCUUGUAAUUUACCAAGAUUUGAUGGUGUUGAUUUAUUGAGGAGAUGGAAAGGAAAGAAUAUAAUGUAUGUGGGAGAUUCAAUAAGUUUAGAUCAAUGGUCUUCAAUUGCUUGUAUGUUACAUGCUUCGGUUCCAAAUGCUAAGACAACCUAUGUGAGGGAAUACCCAAUUUCUUACAUCAAAUUCGAGGAAUAUGGAGUGACAAUAUAUUUUUAUCAAAGCCAUUACUUUGUAGACAUAGACAAAGAAGCAAGAGGCAGGGUACUAAAAUUAGACCACAUUGGGGAACAAGGAAAUGCAUGGAAAGGGAUGGACUUUCUCAUUUUCAACACGUGGCACUGGUGGACUUUCACCGGAAAUGUUCAAGAAUGGGACUAUGUUCAAUAUGGUUCCCGCGUAGUCAAAGAUAUGGACCGUCUAGUGGCGUUUGACCAUGGUUUGACCACUUGGGCUAGAUGGGUUGACCAAAAUAUUGACCCUUCUAAGACCAAAGUCUUCUUUCAAGGGAUUUCUCCGGAUCACUAUGUGGGUCAAGAAUGGGGAUCGAAAUCGAACUGCGCCGGUGAACAACAGCCAAUCAAUGGCUCGAGGUAUCCAACAGGGAGGCCAAAAGCAGCCAGAAUAGUGGAUAUUGUGCUCGGUAGUAUGAAGAAACCGGUUUCUCUGCUCGAUAUAACAAUUCUUUCGCAGCUAAGAAAAGACGCUCACCCGUCGAGCUAUACUAAAGACCAUGUCAGCACGGAUUGCACACAUUGGUGCCUACCGGGAUUGCCCGAUACUUGGAACGAGCUCUUGUAUGCAGCACUUGUUUGA